CAGUUGCGCGAGACAACCUGCCCGUAGUACCUUCUUCUUUGAUAUCGGGUCCAGCCUCUUCUGGAUCGGAUAUCUGGACGGUCCCCGUGUCGCUCGCCUAUCACGGGUCAGCGAGAACCCGAUCCUUGCCCGCGGAUCCCGCGAUUCCAAGCCGACCCCCGCCGGCCUGAUCGCUUUCCCGUUGAUCGGCGAUCGAAGAAACGCGCGAUCGUUCCUCUGGAACAACGUCGAUCCGAGAAAUCGAUCGAAACGGUAAGCUUGUCGUCGGGCAAUCGGUCGAUCGACAGAACGCAACGCGUCGUCCGAAGGACGCUGGAAGGCCUUCGAGAAGAGAAUCGAGAGAGUCGCGAAGUUGGAGCGUUGAACCGGAGGAAGUGCGCCGAUGGCAGGAUGAUCCUUGAAGCCCGGUGUCUACGACGUACAUUUAGACAAGCUUAGCUCGGCCGAUUCGAGUCGACGCGGCGUUGAAGUGAAUUCGCGGAAGAAAGUGCGAUCGUAGAGAGAAGUCGGCGAUGGUGGCACAAGUGUUGCGAAUAUAUAUUGCGCGAAUGAACUUUCAGUUUUGAUUGAAUGAACCGAUACGAGGAGCGUGGUGAAUGGGAAUAUUGAAUGUAUAACCGGAGAAAAGUGCGCAGAUGAUGACAGCGAGAAAUAUUGGGACCAGAUCGGAUGGAAAUACAGUCGAAGAGACCGAAAAGGGUGACUAGAUCUUGAUUGCAGGACAUGGUCGCGAGAUACGUGAACAAUGCAGAUAGCACUGUAGCGGCGACGAUAGCGAUCACUGGAUGGGAAUUACCGUAAUUCGACUAUUGAUGAGAUUGUCUAAUACCCACUGGUGAUUAUACGAUAGAAGGAUUGUUAACAAUUCUGGUAGCCGCGUUGGACAUUUUAGAGAAUUUCUUGAACGAUAAACUUUUCGGGGAACGUUCGAAUUUGAAAAUUAAUCACCGCAUAGAAAAUAUUAGAAGAAAUCCUGCGGAUACGUUUUUUCGAGCAUCGUUGCUCCAUGGUCGCGCGAAUUGAGCGUAACAAUUCACCCAGAACAAGAUCGUAGCGCGAUUUCAACAAAAUACAGUGCAGAUCGCACGGUCUGAUCAAUCCUCUCGACACACGAGUUCUGUGAAACUAUUUAAAUCGGCGAGAAAUAUUGCAGCAAAACAGAACAAUUUUUAACAAUUUAUGAAGCACAGCAUUUAUCGCCUGGACAUAUUAUUAUAAUAUAUUAUACUCUCAAUAUUUCCAUGACCUGGUAAACUCAAACUCCAAGGAAAUUGUACACGCAGGUUCCACAAAAAUACGUAGACUAAAAUCGUGAUAUCGAAGGCAUUCCGUGGUCGCAGCCGUCGAAAACGCUGUGAAACAGCGAAUGAACGCGAUUAAACAAUCAAAUCCGAUCGGCGAAAAAGCUAGUUGUUCGACGGAGUGCCGGUGGACGAUCCGUGAUAGAAAGACGAUCGUGGAAAAUCGCGGCAGCCAUUAAACGGCCGGCUCUCGUUGACGGGACGCGGAAACCGUAUACUUGCGGCCCGCCGGAGGUGCACCGUGAUUAUGUGACAGUUUUGUGAACGUGAUUAAAUUGACCUCGAUACAUUGUGGACAUCCGCGCGUAUCUGGCUAGCAGGCGCGCAUUAUUCGCGGCUGUUUGGUUUGUUUCGAAGCGAGUGAAAUAGCUGCCGGGCCAGGAUCCGACGGGGUUUGCCGGUCACCGUGGCAUGCCGGGAGAAUCCCCGCGAUCCCGAACGUGAUCCAGAGAAAAUCCCGGGAACGUUCGCGGGCGGACACGCUCGUCGAACGAUCGAUGAUCGGCGUGUUCGGCGUGCAGCUCGCGUUUUAUCGUGGAAAUCGUCGCGGCGACCGCACCAGGGGCUCUUUGGUGAUGUACGACAGCGCUAGCUGUUCGUACGCAGGUGCGCUCGAGUUAAAGGGAGCCUCCGGAGCAGGAGCCGCGGCCGCGGCCGCAGGUGUAACCGCGGCCGGCGUCAAACAGGAGAAUUGGCCGUACCGCGGUCUUACCUGCGGUAGCACCUUCCAAAGGCUCAAGGAGAGCGUCGAUAAAGCUAAACAGGCUCUGGCAGAUCGCGGUGGCUACCUGUCCGGAGCUUUCUCGCCGCCACCACGUGCCAAUCCAUCCGCCAUUUCGCCGACCGCCUCCAUCACAGAUGCCAGCAGUUCGUACAAAGGAGGCUGGAGCCACGCCACGUCGCCGGCUCCUGGACAGGGAUACGGAAGCAGCUUAUCCAAAUCAGCACUGGACACGCACACCCACCUCAGGCAGCCUGAUCCAUACCAAAUGUUCGGAGCGACGAGCAGUCGCCUCGCGAGCUCUGGUUCUGGUCAGAUACAGCUUUGGCAAUUUUUGCUCGAGCUGCUCUCGGACUCGAGUAACGCCGCGUGCAUUACGUGGGAAGGAACCAACGGCGAGUUCAAGUUGACUGACCCCGACGAGGUGGCGAGACGCUGGGGCGAAAGGAAGUCCAAGCCUAACAUGAAUUAUGACAAAUUGUCCAGGGCUUUGAGGUACUACUACGACAAGAACAUCAUGACGAAGGUGCACGGGAAGAGGUACGCGUACAAAUUCGACUUCCAGGGGCUGGCAGCGGCGACGCAGCCAGCGGCCGCGGACCCGGCCGCGUACAAAUACCAAAGCGAGCUGUUCAUGUCCGGGUACGGGCACGCGAAGCUGAACCUGAUGCCGCCGCCGGCCGCCUCGGUGUCGGUCUCCGUUCCCGGCGGCCUGUUCCAAUCAGCGUCCAGCUACUGGUCGACGAGCCCCGGCGCGAACCUGUACGCGGGUCACCACACGGCCUCCGGCCAUGUGCCGCCCCAUCUGGGCACCUACCCCCACUACGCAUGACCCACCGCCGAGCACUGGGGCGCACUGGGUACGCCACGUUAACGAGUUUCUACCGAAAGAAUUAAGCGACCACGUCGGACCCGACUCUACUGGUCAACGUGGACCGUCGGCCUGGCUGUACAGUUUUCCCGUCGUUCGUCCUUCGUAUCGGCUAAUGUCUUGAACGGAUCAAAUCUUACAACUUGCCAGCCGUUGUUUUCUGCUCUUUUGCGAUGAUCGUUGUGAUGAUAGUCCUUGGUUGUCCAACUGGGUCCGUUCCGCGACGCAUGUUUUUAUUGAUACAAGUUUUGCACUCCAAAUACAACCUUCCGCAGGUCAUGUUCAAUUGAGCCGUUUAUUUUGAAAUUGGCAUAAGUCACUUUGUUUUUAAGUCGAUAUAUUUAAGGGUUUGCGUU